GCGUGACUAAAUUAUCUAGGUUCUUUCCUUCUCAGUUUUCCUUUUCUCGUUCAAAAGGAUACCGAGAUGAAUAAAAGAGAGAACGGUGAAAACGACGUUCUUUCGAACACCAAAAAUACUAAAGAUGCCGAAACGGGGAGAUGCGAAAGAAUAUUAACGAAAAAAUGGAAAUUGAUUUCCAAGUUUUGUAUAUUUCUUUUGGUGUUAGCGGUCGUUCUGUUAAUUGUGGGAGUGGUGUACGUCUCCAUCGGACUGUUGGCCAAAAAAAAGACUCGAGAUUUUCGACUUCCGAAAUCGAUCGUACCUACGCAUUAUACUUUGGAAAUUCAACCUUUUCUCGUUCCGAAAGUUUUGAAAUUUAGAGGAAGUGUAGAAAUCAAUUUUCAUUGUAAAGAGAGAACAGACGAAGUAGUUCUUCACGCUAAAGACUUAUCUAUAGAUCAUGGGAGCGUUAGAAUUUGGAACGAAAAAGGGAAGGACGUGGAAAUAUUCAAAAUCGAUUACGAACCUGUCGUAGAUUUGGUCAUUUUGAAGUUGUCCGAUAAAUUGUCCGUGGAUAAUUAUAUUCUAUUUAUGAGCUUUGACGGAAAUAUGGACAAGUCUUCCGGUAGCACGGGUUUCUACAGUUAUAUCUACAAAGACGAAGAUAACAAUACGUACUAUGCUGCAGCCACUCAGUUCGAACCGAUUCAUGCACGAGAAACCUUUCCUUGUUUCGACGAACCCGAAUUGAAAGCAACUUUUGACAUUACCGUAGUCAGAUGGAGAAACAUGACUUCCAUUUCUAAUAUGCCAAAGGUAGAAACCGAAUCAAGAGGAAGACAUUGGGAAGCCGACAUAUUCGAUACGACGAUGAAAAUGUCCACUUAUCUGGUGGCGUUUGUUGUAGGAGACUUUAAAUCGAAGAAAAGCGGAAAGAUAUCAUUAUGGGCUGCUCCCAAAAAUAUUGAAUACGUAGAUUAUGCAUUGGAAGUUGCCGAAAAAGUGUUAACAUACUAUGAAGUUCUCCUUGGAAUACCUUACGAUGUUCCAAAAUUAGAUAUCGUGUCAGUCGAAGAACUUAUGUCGAGAGGAAUGGAAAAUUGGGGUUUGAUUAUUUGCAGACAAAAUAUUUUGUAUAACGAAGAAAAGGAUUAUUUUGAUAAAAAAGAAGACGUCGCAAGAAUUAUAAUACACGAAAUAGCUCACCAGUGGUUUGGAAAUUUAGUGACCAUGAAGUGGUGGAAUGACAUCUGGUUGAACGAAGGAACUACGAAGUUUAUGGAAGAAAUCACUUAUGCAAAACUACACGUUGUUCUCAAUGCGACGAAUGAAGAUGUUUAUCCAUUUUCGUACGAAAACUAUUUAUAUAUAAACACUCCGGUGUCGAAAAAUAUCAACUCUCUCGAAGAAAUCAAAGAUGUGUUCGAUUUUUCCACGUAUUUCAUGGGUGCUUCGAUAAUGCGAAUGGCACGGUUUGUACUAGGAGAUGAAGUCUUCUGGAAAGCAUUAAUUAAUUAUUUGAAGGAGAAUGCCUAUGGCAGUGUAGAAGAGUCGACGCUAUGGAAAUAUUUUACCGACGCUCAGUCUCCCAUGGAUCGAUCCAAAUUGAAUAUUUCGAAAAUAUUUACAUCGUGGACUCAUUUGACUGGUUAUCCAAUUCUUUUUGUGGAAAGAGACUAUGAGAAACGUUCUGCAAAUAUCUCGCAAAUUGCUUUUGAAGAAGAAAUACGAGGAAUGAAAAAUCAUACCUGGCCAAUUCCGAUAACUUAUACAACAGCAAAAGAACUCGAUUGGAGACCGAAAAUUAAGAUGUGGACGUAUAAAAAACAGGAAAUAAUGACAAAUAUAACCGGGAAUCGUGACGAUUGGAUUAUUGUUAACGGAGAAAACAUAGUCUAUUACGUAGUUAAUUACGACGAAACAAAUUGGAAUUUACUGGCGAAACAACUACGAGAAAAUCAUUCGGUGAUUCCGGUUACUCAUCGUAAAAAAGUUUUAACGGACGCUUCAAGUUUGUUUACAAAAAAUUUGACGACACUGAAUACGCUGUUGGAUCUAUAUUUGUAUUUUCCAUUCGAAGACGAAUAUUAUGUGACAUUGAAUUCAGAAUUUAUGAUUAUGUUAAUGAAAACAAGUGAGCUGAUACAACUAACUCCGGACGAAAUUAUGUGGGACAAUUACAUCAUUUAUUUGUUUGAACCGCUAUAUAAAAGGUUUGGUUGGGAGUACGGAGAUAAAAACGAAAUUUCUUAUAACAGGGAAAUUCGCGAUCUAUCCAUAUCCUUUUUAUGCCGAAGGAGAUACAUGCCUUGUGUGAAUACCGCUAUCGCUAAAUUUAAAAAUUGGAACGAAACAAAAAAUGAAACCGGUUUAAGUACCAACAUCAAACAUUCGAUUAUGUGUACUGGAAUCGAAUAUGGAACCGCGGAAGAAUGGAACGAGGUGUUUAAUUCUUAUUUGAAAAACGAAGAUUUUUUAACCACUAUUUCUUUAGCUUGCAGCAGAAACAGGACAUUAAUAACAAAAUUGCUUGAAGAACUUUUGAAGAAGCCUAAAGUAAGACAAUUUUCUAUUAUACUGAGAUCAGUCCUUCGUAACCCGCAUAUGUGGUUAGAAGUUUUCCAUUUCUUCAAUAUUCAUUUUAAAGAAUUGGCAGAAGACGACGCUUCGUACUUCGAAUUUACUCGUAAUUUGUUCCAAGAGACUAAGACAUCAAUUUUACGUUUUAAAUAAUUUAUUUUAUUGCAGGUAAUAGCGACCGGAAGACAGUACAUGAAAGUAUUAGGUAAAGAAAAAGCAAAACAAUAUCAGAUUCUACUAGAUAUAGAUGAACAAAUGAAUAAGAAAAACGAAUGGAUGAAGAAUUCGGUUCAUAAAUGGUUGCAGAGUAAACAAUGGAAAAAAGUCAGAAGAACGUGAGGAUCGAUAUUUGAAUUUACUGUUUUGCCAAUAUUGUCAAGAAGACAUAAUUCGGUCUUCCAAAGAGAUUAAAUAUGAUAUCGUUGAUAUACAAUAAUGAAGAAUAUGAUAAUUCGCUGUAAAAAAUAAUCCGCAUCCAAGAUCUUGAGCAUGAAGAAAUGAUUAUUUAAAUUGCCUCGUCAAAAACGAAUUUUGUUGUCAAUACAAUAUCUGCUAUUUCAGUUAUUUAUAUAAGAUAUUUUUCGAUUAGACUUUUGCUCGUUGCGAAUUUUGCUAAAUUCCAAAAGAAUUAUAUUGAAAUCAUGUACGUUUCAUUCAUUUCAUUCACUUUCUUUUUAUUAUUUAUUUGUACGUUGCAUUCUAAGGGCACGUCCACAAAUUCGCUGUUCGCCGAAUGCCCAAAAUUUCUUUUUGCCAAAGUAUUUGCGAAGUGUUUGUCAUCUGACGAACACACACUAACACAUUUAUGGUUAUUUGCCGAGCAUCGGUUCGUUACGGGAAUGGCGAAUGUUCAUCCUGGAUCUAAAAAAUGGACAAUUCUCAAAGAAUAAUUUGUGCCACUGCUUUUAGAGUUAAGAGUAGUUCAUGCUUUUAAUGAGGGGAAAAACAAAAGAAGAGAAUAGUGGAUGGUAUCGCUUCAUCAAUGCAGAAAAAUUUAAACGUAAAACUGAAAGGAAUUUUUAAAAAAUAGUAUUGCUAGAAA